AUGCAGGGAGUAUUAUGCUCAGUGGCCCCUUCCACCCUCCGGGCUUACUCAGCGGCCGCCGCCCGUUUUCAGGCUUUCGCCACGGGGGCGGGCACCCAGGGAUCCUGGCCCGCGUCACAGGACUUGGUUUUGCAGUACCUGGCACACCUCAAGGGCCUGGGGCUUUCUCCCCGGACUAUGAGGAGGGAUUUGGCAGCCAUUUCAUUUUUCAGCAAGGCGCAGGGACUUCCCGAUCCUUGCAACUGCUUCCUAGCUCGCCGGGCCCUCGAGGGCUGGGCCAGGCUGGCCCCCCCACCCCCUGACCCCCGGCGCCCCAUCACCAUUCCCAUUUUGGAGCGGGUCCUUCAGGCACUCCCCAACCUGUGCUGGUCCGCUUUCGAGGUACAGCUUUUCCGGGCCGCUUUCCUGAUCACCUUUUUUGGUGCCUUCCGCGUUAGCGAGGUGGCCUCGGGCUCCCGGUCCGACAUGUCGGGUAGGGCCCUGGCUGUCUCUGACAUCACCUGCUCCCCCCGCCGGGCGACCAUCCGCCUGCGGCGGUCGAAGACCGACCAGCGCGGCCGGGGGGCCUCCGUCACGCUGCGGGCGGCCGCGGGCCGGCACCUGUGCCCGGUGCGGGCCAUCAGGGCAUACCUGGCCCUACGCCCGCCCUUCCCUGGCCCCCUCUUCGCGCCUGAGGAUAAGUUGCCCCUCACCCGAUACCAGUUUGCCUCCGUCUUGAGGGCAUGUCUGCGCCAUGCAGGUUUCCCCCCCAUGCGGUUCGGCACUCACUCCUUCCGCAUCGGGGCUGCCACCGUUGCCGCCGGAUUGGGGCUCCCCGCCCCUGCCAUCCAGUCCAUUGGCCGCUGGCGUUCCAGCGCAUUUCGCUCCUAUAUCCGCCCCCUCGGGGAGGCUCCUUACUAA